AUGACAAAAGUUCACCCAAAAUUCCCAAACACUUGCGAGGAGAGCUUGUGUGAUAGUAAAGCAGCCGUCGUCUUAACGGUGUGGAAGAAGUCUCUUCUCUUCAACUGCGACGGAUUCACAGUUUACAACUCCAAAGGAGAUCUUGUCUUUAGGGUUGACAAUUACAUGAAUUCUCCUAAAGACAACAUCGUCCUUAUGGACGCUUCCGGCUUACCCCUCCUCUCCAUCCGCCGCAAGAAGUUGAGUUUUGGAGAUUGCUGGAUGGUAUACGAUGGAGAAACAGAGAGAAACCCAAUAUUCACGGCGAGAAAGAACGUUAACAUACUAACAAACCGGAGGACCUUGGCGUGGAUCAGCGCAAAGAAGACGAUGUGGUACGAGAUUGAGGGAUCAUACGGUCAAAGAAGCUGCAAAAUGUUGGACGAGAGGAGGAAUAAGAAGAAAAUGGCGGAGAUCAAGAGGAAAGAGGCAAUGGUCGGAGGAGUUGCCUUUGGAAAAGAUGUGUUUAAACUUAUAGUUGAAUCGGAGAUGGAGCCUCGUGUGGCCAUGGCAUUUACCAUCAUCCUCGACCAAAUGUUUCGAUCUUAUUGA